AUGCCCUUCUCACACGCAGCAUCGGUGCCGAACUGCACCACCGCUGCGGUGAUGGUCGCCUUCUACUAUACCGGUCAGCCGAUGUCGCCCAGUGUCAUCUACCCCGCGCUAGCGUUACUCGGACUCAUGGAAACCCCAUUUCGACUCGUGACGUAUCUCAUUACGAUCUUCACUCAAUACGCAGUAUCGAUGCGCCGCCUCACGUCCUUCCUGGCCGCCGACGACGCGGCGGCGCGGUCGGUGCUGGAGGAGAUGGUGGCGGGCCACGAGGCCAGCGACGCCGCGGCUGUGCUCUCGCACGCGACGGUCAGCGCCUACCGGCCUGUGCCGCUGCCCACGCCGAGCUGGCGGCGCGGCGACGGCGAGGCGCACUUCGAGCUGCGCGUCAAGACGCUGCUGGAGGACGUGGACCUGCGCAUCCCGCGCGGCAAGCUGACUGUUGUGCUGGGGCCGACGGGGUGCGGCAAGUCGACGCUGCUGGACUCGCUGAUCGGCGCGCUCGCGGUGACGCGUGGCCGCGUUGCGUGCAGCCGCUGCGUCGCCUACGUGCCGCAGCAGCCGUGGAUCAUGAGCGCGACGCUGCGCGACAACGUUGUGUUCUUCGGCGCUGCGGACGACGCUGCGUUCGAGCGCGCGGUGGCGAGCAGCCAGCUUGCGGCGGACCUUGCGCUGCUCGCUGCUGGCGCUGCGACGGAGAUCGGCGAGAAGGGCAUCAACCUGAGCGGCGGGCAGAAGGCGCGCGUGAGCCUGGCGCGUGCUGUGUACGCGGACCGCGACGUGUACGUGCUGGACGACCCGCUGUCCGCGCUGGACGCGCACGUUGGCGAGCGUGUGAUGCGCGAGUGCGUGUGCGGCGCGCUGGCGCACAAGACGCGCGUGCUUGCGACGCACCAGGUGAGCGCCGCUGCGUACGCGGACUACGUGGUGCUGCUGGAGGAGGGCCGCGUCGCCUUCCAGGGCACGUACGCUGCGUACCGGCAGUACGCUCGCCUGCACUACGAUCGCAGCCUCAGCGGCCUGGACAAGACGUCGCUGUACGCGGCGCGCACGGUGAGCGAGCUGGGGCCACACGAAGAUUUGACGACGCCGGGCCGCGCUGCCGCCCCUCGGGAGGCUGUAGGCUAUGCUUCCCCGACCACCGUGGAGGAGGGUGCUGCGAUGCUGUUUGGUGUCGGCGAAGAGCGUGAAGACUCUCCGGGAGAUGCCAUAACGGAGGGCGAGGCCCGUGUUGCGAUCACGGAGAGCGGCGAGGAGAAGGCGGUGGGUGCUGUGCCGUGGCUCGUCUACCGCCGAUACAUGGAGGCCUGUGGUGGUUGGCCCGCCUUUUCUUUUGUGAUCAUCUUCUUCGUCUUCACAGAGGUGUUGCUCCGAGCUAGUGACGUGUGGCUGUCCUUGUGGUCUGGCGGUAUACUAGAGAGCAUUUGCUCUCACCGUCGACUGAUCGUCUACGUGGGAACGGUUCUGUUCGCCGUUCCUGCUGGCCCCUCCCGCGAUCUGCUGUGCUUUACGGAUAUGCGCCGUGCCUCCUACCGUCUGCACGCGAACCUAUUGCGAUCCCUCGCCGAAGCGAGGCUGACCUUCUUUGAUAUCACACCUCGAGGACGUCUCAUGAAUCGCAUGUCGCGUGACAUGUCGCAGAUUGAUUGGGACCUCCCCGUGAAUCUGGAUGUGUCGUUCUUUUUCUUCUGUUACCUCAUCUCGUAUGUCAUCAUCAUGACGGUGUCGCAGCCCUUCAUUUUGGUCAUCCUCAUACCGUGUGCGCUGAUCUACGGCCGCAUCUUCCGUUUCUUCUGCACCGCCAACAGGGAGAUGCAGCGGCUGCUGAACAUCUCCAACUCCCCCGUCUUCUCCGCGCUCAACGAGGUGCUGACGGGCCGCUGGACCAUCUGCACCUACGAGCGGCAGCAGGCCAUGAUGCAGGAGGUGCUGCGCAGCCUUGACCGUGUCUUCGGGAGUGGUUACAUGCAGUCCAUGGGCUCGCGUUGGCUGACGGUGCGGGUGGAGCUGCUGGGGAACGUUGCGGUGUGCAGCCUGGCGCUGCUGGGUGUGGUGUCCACGCAGGCCUCCUGGAUGCACAUCAACCUCGGCCUCCUGGCGCUGAGCGUGAGCAAGGCGUCGUCCAUCACGAGCGUGCUGUCGCGCUUCAUCACGGUGGGUGCGUCGGUGGAGGCGUCGAUGAACUGCGUGGAGCGGGUGCUGUACUACACGGACAGCGCGCCUGCGGAGGACCUUGGUGCGGGCGGUGCGGCGUGCGUGCCUGCGACUGCGUGCGGCUUCGCUGCCACGGAGUUCGGGUCGCUUGUGCUGGAGCACGUGGACAUGCGGUACCGGCCGGGGCUGCCGCUCGUGCUGCGCGACGUGAGCUUCGCGGUGCUGCCCGGGCAGAAGGUGGGCGUUGUGGGCCGCACGGGCAGCGGGAAGUCGACGCUGCUGCUUGCGCUGCUGCGGCUUGUGGAGGUGUGCGGCGGGUGCAUGCGCGUGUGCGGGCGCGACGCGCGCGACUACGGCGUGCGUGAGCUGCGCCAGCUGUUCUCGAUGAUCCCGCAGGACCCGCUGCUGUUCGACGGGACGGUGCGCAGCAACGUGGACCCGUUCGGCGCGUGCGGCGACGCGGCUGUGUGGGCUGCGCUGCGGCAGGUUGGGAUGGAGGAGCGGGUGCGGAGCGGCGGCGGCGGGCUUGACGCGCGCGUGCAGGAGGGCGGGUCGAACUUCAGCGUUGGGCAGCGCCAGCUGCUGUGCCUUGCGCGCGCGCUGCUGAAGCGUGGCAGCGCGUUCCUGCUGAUGGACGAGGCGACGGCGAACGUGGACCCCGCGCUGGACCGGCAGAUCCAGCUGACGGUGCAGCAGACGUUCCGCGACUACACGGUUGUGACGAUCGCGCACCGGCUGCACACGGUUGCUGCGUACGACGUGAUCCUCGUGAUGGACGGCGGCCGCGCGGUGGAGUUCGGCUCGCCGCGUGCGCUGGCUGGCGUGGGAAGGGUCUGUGUUUGCACGGCUGGUGCGCUCGCUGGGCAAGGGUGCUCAGCAGGCGUUCUGUAG